GCUACGUGUCGUAACUGACGUCAUGACGCAGCGAGUGACAGGAAGCGUCUGGAUGAGUUGUGAAUUUAAAAGUGGAGCCAAAGUCAGACAUUAAAUAUGGUGUUAGAGACGAUCAGUAAGAUCAUUAAGGUGCAGCUGCCGAUGUAUUUAAAGAAGUUACCGGUUCCGGACAGCGUCGGGGGCUUCGCGACGCUCACAGUGUCAGAGUGGCUCCGCCUCCUACCCCUGCUCGGUAUCCUGGCUCUGCUUGGUUAUCUGACCAUCAGGCCUUUCUUACCUAACAAGAAGAAGCAGAGAGACUGUCUCAUCAACCUGAAGAUCCAGAAGGAGAACCCAAAAGUGGUGAAUGAGAUCGAUAUCGAAGACCUGCGGAGCACCAACGUCUGCUACUGCCGCUGCUGGAGAUCCAAAACGUUUCCUGUUUGUGAUAAAUCUCACAUAAAGCACAACGAGCUGACCGGAGACAACGUCGGGCCGCUGAUCCUGAAGAAGAAAAUUCUAUAAUCUGAUCAUUUUGUUCAAAAAGGGAGAUUUUGCUUCUUUUAAAUUUUUUGUGUUUAACUUUGUGUAGAAAUGUUUGACUUUUUCUACAGUGAGCCUGUUGUAUCGUGUGUGUGUGUGUGUGUGUGCGUGUUGGGGGGUGUUUAGAAUUUUCUUUGCCAACAUGUCACUGUAUUGUACUUGAAAAGAAAAUACUAAUAAUUUGUGCCUUAGAUUAUUCUGUUCUUUGUAAUUUGCUGAAAAAGUGCAAUAUAACUGGACCACAACUUUCAUCGGAGUCGUUACCGUAUAAACCGAGCUGAUCGUCAGGAAACAAUCGUUAGUGUUUUCUUAGACAGUGAACUGAAAUCACUUUGGGGAGAAAAAUGUAAUAAAAAUUGUUAAAAAAAUUAAAAUUUA